AUAGAGUUUAGAGGCAACCACAUUGUCAAGAGAUAUGACGCAAUGAAUUUCAAAUCUCAGUUCGAAUCUUGUUCCCACUACCACUGGAGCUGAAAACAUAAAAGUGCGAUCUCAGCAAAUCGAAGAUGAGUCGUGCGAGACGUGCUUCUCUAGUGGCGUAUCUAGGUUUCGAAGGCACCGGAAAGUUGAACCCGCACAGCUUCGAAUGGCCGUUCCAGUACGACGAGGCCCGCCCUAUCCUCGACUGGAUCUGCUCCUCUCUUCGCCCGUCCAAAGUCCUCUCCCUAUAUGAGCAAUUUCAUAGAGAAGGGAAGCUCUUAGAGGGUGAUGAUCUAGACCGGGCUUAUGAUAGCAUAUCAGCAUUUUCUUCAAGGAGAAAUAACCAGGAGGCUGUUUUUGGAGAAGAAGAAAGCAUAAAGGGAAAUUUAUAUCACACAUGCGAUUCUGUAUUUUCUGUUUCAUGCAUGAAGGGAAAUUUUGUACUGUCAUAAGUGUGCCUAAGAAAUUUUUGCCAAGAACCUCGUUUCUGUUUCUUGUCACUUGGAACAAGUACACCUCUCCAGGUUUCUUAGUGUAAGAGAUCUAGCUCCUUAGGUGUACAGAGUGCAUCAUGUGACUAAAUUUUGUUGACGUUUGGUGCACUGUUAAAAAGCCCUUGUAAACAUAAAAGUACUUUAUAAAUUUAAAAUAAAACCGCGCUCAGUGCGGAUCUCAU